AUGGCGCACGCCCAGCGCCCCGCGUCGCGCUUUUUCGCGGCCUUUUAUCAAUGGAGCCGCCACACACAACGGCCGAGCCCAUGCGCCCCCUCUCCACGAUACAUCCGUCUGCCAAGGCAACCUGCGAUCGCCGCGAGCCUGCGAACCUAUCAUGCUACCAAUUGGCGGCUCAACAAGGGCCAGUCCACUCAUGGUUUCGUGCAAGAGCUGGAGAGCAUGGCAACUGCUGGGGAAGAGAACAAUCAGGCUUCAGACCAAUUCCCGCCAAGGUCGAAUGAUCUCACACAACUCAAAGAAGACGUCCGCAGCCUGAUGCGAAUGGUCCCGGCCUCGGUCGCUGUCGUUACCGUAUCGCACGUUGACCCUGAGACCGAGGAAAGUGUACCCAUGGGCAUAGCCGUUUCGUCGCUGAACACCGUCACCCUCGAUCCACCGACAGUCUCCUUCAACAUCAAAGAGCCUUCGAGAACUCUGAACGCUAUUCGAGACGCUCACGGCUCCUUCCGUGUGCACUUCCUGGCUAGUGACUCUGAAGGUCUCCAGAUCAUCGAGCACUUCUGCAGAGGCAACCAUCCUGAUGCCUACAGAGAGCGACUGAAGAAUCUUCAUGUUGAAUUUCCCCCAGCUCAAGAUGGUCCGAACAUCAUAGCUGCCUCGGCGCCUCGAUUACGAAGUAGUGGCGUCCGCGCUGCAUUCGAAUGCACUCUUACCCACGAGCUGCCCGUAGCUGAUCACGUCAUUCUCGUUGCUCAUAUCAAGAGUAUCGAAACUGGCGAUGUGCGAAUUCCGACCAUGGCCUAUGCAAAUGGCUCAUACCAGAGGCUUGACAAGGAAGGGCUCAUCAAGCGCCACUAG